AGUCGGUCCAGGCGGUCGAACGGCGGCGGCAGCUUCAGCGAGAGAUCACAAGUGUGUCCGAGUGAGCGCGCGCGCGGCGCUCGUCAGUGUCCGGUGAAUGGUCCCUAUGUGAGUGCGAGCCAUGGAGGAAAAACUGCAGCCCCCCAGGGGAAAAUUCCAACUUUUGUUAAACGUGCUUUUGGUGACGGCCGUCGCGCUGCUCGCGUGGCAGCGCCUCGUCGACCGGGAGGCCGUGGCCGCCGCCGACCGGCAGGUGGCCGCCCUCCGCGCACAGUUCUUCCGCUACCAGGCGGCCAACGACUUGCGGCUCGCCCGACUCGAGGCGGCCGAUGCCGAUGAAGACAACGACGACGAUCAAGACGAACAGGACGACGACGAGCCGCCUCCACCGCUGGAGGCCCUCCUGCCCCAGGUGGUGCUCAAGAGGACCGCCAGGGACACCUCCGAGUGCAUCUGUCCACCAGGUCCGCCUGGCCCACCUGGCAAGAGAGGCAAGCGCGGCAAGAAGGGUGACUCGGGCGAGAAGGGCACUCAGGGACCACCAGGAGCUGGCGGCAAGAAUGGAUUCCCGGGCGACAAAGGCGCUAGAGGGCCGAUGGGUCCCAUUGGUUUGGACGGACCAAAGGGAGAACCAGGCCGACCGGGCGACCGAGGACCCAAGGGAGAGGCCGGCGGCGCGGGUCUCGACUACGUGUCAAUUAUCAAAGGUGGUGUGAAGCGCUCAGUAACUACCCUACGUGGCGGCACCCUUGGAUACGCAGAAAUCGUCGCGGUUAAGGGAGAGCCUGGAGAACCAGGUCCACCGGGUGCACCGGGAGCUCAGGGUCGGGAGGGUCUUCCUGGACACGAUGGACGGCAAGGAGUGCCUGGUGAGCCAGGUCCAAAGGGCGAGAGAGGACCUUUGGGACCGAUUGGCCCGCCAGGUGUUGGCAUGCCUGGACCAGCAGGACCGAAGGGCGACAAAGGGUCUAGCGUGUACUGGAUUCCUUCACAGUGGACAGGUGAUCGUGGAGAUAAGGGAGAGAGAGGGUUGACAACCACCCUUGCCGGAGAGCAGUUCCCUACAGGCAUUAUUGAAGGUCCACCAGGACCACCGGGUCCUCCAGGUCCUUCCGGAGGUAAGGGCGAUAUUGGGCCUGCCGGACCUCCAGGGCCACCGGGCGAGAGGGGUGGAAAAGGAAAGAGAGGAAAACGAAAGGGUCGAUUUGGCGAUGACGAAGAUGUGCCCAUAAUGAUGGGACCUCCGGGUCCACCGGGUCCGAAAGGUGAGCAAGGAGAACUUGGGCCACGUGCGGAGAAGGGAGACAAAGGAGAUGCUGGUGCAUAUGGUGAAAAGGGUGACAUUGGCACGCGAGGUCCUCCUGGUUUGGACGGACUCAAUGGUGAAACCGGUCCGCAAGGGCCACCGGGACUUCCGGGUCAGGCCGGUCCGAAAGGUGACAAAGGGGAGUAUGGAGACAUUGGCCCACCUGGUCUCAUGGGCCCACCUGGCCUGCCUGGUCCACCUGGUUAUCCUGGUCAAAAGGGAGACAAGGGCGAGAAAGGCGAAUCGGGAUCAAGAGCAGGCUCACACUCAAUUAGUCCUAGAUCAAAAUACAAAAAGCUUAGAAGGCGCCAGGGUGAUGGACAACACGAGUAUAGCGCCACAGGAGAAUUUAUUCCUGGUCCUCCAGGCCCUCCUGGGCCACCUGGAGUCGGUGGUCUCCAAGGUCCUCCGGGAAUUAAAGGAGACAGAGGACAGGAUGGUGGAAAGGGUGAACCUGGUGAAAAGGGAAUUAGAGGAGACCCUGGUCCAAUGGGAUUACCAGGUCCAAUGGGACUGCGCGGCGAAUUGGGACGGGGUGAACCUGGCAAGGCAGGCCAGACGGGUCCACCUGGUCUUGAUGGCAUGAAGGGAGCUCAGGGUGAACCUGGCAGCAAAGGUGAAAGGGGUGAUCCUGGACUGCCUGGAACUGACGGCAUCCCAGGAACAGAGGGGCCCAAAGGAGAGAAGGGAACAAGAGGAGAAGCGGGUCCGCUGGGCAAACGCGGUCGGAAAGGAGACAAGGGAGACAAAGGAGAGCAGGGUGUUCCAGGGUUGGACGCACCCUGUCCCAUAGGGCCCGACGGAUUGCCCUUGCCAGGUUGUGGCUGGCGGCCGCCCACGAAGCCCCCGCCUGCGUUGACCUCCCUUGCCCCCCACCUGGUGCUGCACACCACCCCCGAACCAGACUAUGACGACGGCCAGGACGAAUACGACGACAAUUACAAUGAGCAGUAGACGCGUGUACAGUGUACCAUGCAAGACUAAUCAAUCGCACAAUUUUCACUUGCCCCUCAGCCGCCAAUGGCGCGUGAUAAGUUGCUGCGCGGGCCACGCUUGCAUUUCCAGCAGAACAGCCACCACCACCCCCUCCUCGAGGCCGUCGACCAGAGUUGAGGAGCAAUUUGAUGAAGCUGUGGACGAGCCAUCGACGGAGGUCGCAACACUCCGAUCACGAAUAUAAUUUCAUUUUGCAACUGCCAGUGCAGGAGUACUUACUGGCCUCGAACACGUACUAUUUAUAUUAUGGAAAAAUAAUAGAUAGCUCUGGACUCAAAGACAGUCUCGUCAUCCCAACACAUCUCACCCCUUUUUUAGUAAAACAGCAGAAGCGAUCCAAGUUUAUAUACAAGAGAGAGUGCGCGUUGUGCAGCAAGACUAAUUUACUUUUCUCGCGUGAGUGAUUUUUUUGUUCAUUCGAAUCGGACGCGAGUUUUGAGCAGUAGUUAUUAAUCAUGACCCAAGAAGAAGUCUCUCAUCGUGCAGGACUAAUGGUGCCAAAUAAAAUUUAACACUUUUUGUUUGUUCACAAGCUAUCAUCUUAUUGCAAAAUUUUUUAUAUAUUUGUCCAUUGUUGUAAAUGACGUUUUUAUUGUAAGAGAGAAUGAGUGAUAUAUUGAAUGGAAUUUGCAAACAAAUAACUUCUUUUAAAAAAAAAUCUACAGUUAAGAUUUACAAAAAUAUGCAGAGAAUAGCAUUUAUUGACAAUUCACCUCUUUUUUUCAUAAGAAAUACUUGUGUGAGAUGCAUUUUAUUUUGCAAAACAAAAUCGCUAAUUUUUCAUACUUAUAAUCUACCUCUGGAAGCAAAUUACAAUUUAAAAAAAUUAUAAAGUGUAUAUUACCUUGUGGUACUUUUAAAAAUAAGAUUUUUGCAAAACUAAUACAAUUUUGAACUUUUGAAAGUGGCUAGAAAAUCUCAUUUUGUAAAAUUGUUUAAAAAAACUUGAUUAGGAAUCAAAAUGUAUUACGCAUAAUAUUACUGUGUUCCACCAAGAAAUAUUUAUUGGACUGAUGAAAAUUGUAUAUUGCGCAGCGUUAUUAGCAGAUCAUUAAAAAAAAUCAACUUGAACAUGAG